UAUGUCGUUCAAGAAGAACGUAGAACUGAAUGACUUCAGAUGUGAUGCUUCAGUACCCUUGACUGAUUCUCUACACAAAGAUAGUCGGGACAAGUUCGGACCCUGGGCACCCUGCCAAGGCUCAAAGAUGCUAACUAGCGGACGGGGUCCUCUCACUCAAGCAGAAGCCAUCGUCCAAAUGAACAAGUUCUUCGAUAACUAUUACGCUGACUUGGAACUCUGUAACCCCAUCUUAACAAAGAAAGUUAGAGUAACUCAGGCAUUAAGUACGAUGGAGGCCACCGGUGAUUACGAGCACACUGCUGAGGAGCUCAGCUGGGCCGCUAAAACUGCCUGGAGGAACGCACCACGCUGCGUCGGGCGACACCUCUGGAAAACCUUGACAGUAGUUGAUGCAAGAAAAGCAUCAUCUUGUCGAGACGUCUUCGAUGCUAUCUGCAGAAAUCUGAGGGUGUCGUAUAAUGGGGGUCAGGUAAACCCAUCUGCCAUUGUAUUUCGUCAACGAUACAUGGAAGCCAAAGAUACACCGGGAAUAAGAGUUUGGAAUGGUGUUCUGCUCGCUUUCGCAGGUUUUGAAAAGGAAAAUGGAGAUGUUAUUGGUGACCCUAAGAACGUUUAUCUUGCCAACCUUGCCAAGAGUUUAGGCUGGAAGCCUAUAAAGGAGGGUAACUUUGAGUUACUCCCCAUCAUAAUUACGGAUGCCAACCAAAAUACGGAGGUAUUUGAGAUACCGAAUGACAUCAAAGGGUAUGUAGUCGAUAUUACUCAUCCCACAGAACCAGAAAUUACUAAGCUGGGUCUACAAUGGUAUGCAAUACCUUCAGUAAGCUCAAUGAUGUUAGAGGCAGGAGGUAUCCAAUAUACCUGCAAUCAAGUCGCCGGUUUCUUCCAGGACACUGAGAUUUCCAUAAUGAAUCUGCUGGCUGAGUCUAGAUACAAUCUUAUGGAACCUAUCGGGAGGGCGUUAAAGUUGGAUGUUUCGAAGAACUCUACCUAUUGGAAAUGUACAGUGGCUACGGAACUGACAAGGGCAGUUUACCACAGCUUCAAACUUGCUCGCGUCUCCAUGACGGAUCACUUUACACUUUCAGACAGUUUCCACCUAUUUAUGAAGGAAGAAAUGAGGACAAGAGGAGGGUGUCCUACAGAUUGGCUCUGGGUGGUUCCACCAAUGUCAGGUGGUCUGGUACCCACCUUCCAUCAGGAGAUGCUACGGUAUACCCUGUCACCAUCUUAUGAAUACCAGCCAGGCCCUGAGAUGUUCUUCAGGAAACGUCGGAACAAAGUAUCUUUUCGUGCGUUGGCUACAACGGUCAUGAAAUGCCUUGAAAUGAUGAGGGAACGUUUCAAAGAAAGAAAACGAGCGACCAUAGUGUAUGCCACUGAAGGGGGCACCGCUUUGAGUUAUGCUAGGACCGCUGAGUCACUAUUCGUCAAGGCGUUUAGCGCGUCUAUCCUACCAAUCACUUCAAUUACCAAUAAAGACGGCCUUCAGAAGUGCAUUGAUUGCUCUGACAUCGUUAUAGCCAUUGCUUCUACUUUUGGAGAAGGAGGACCCCCUUCAAUGGCGGAGGAAUUCCACAGGAACCUCCUCAACAAAUCCUAUCGUUUUGACGGCAUGCAGUUCGCAGUAUUUGGACUGGGAUCUUCUCAGUACAUAGAAACUUUUGCAAAUUUUGGAAAGACCCUUGAUAGAGAAAUGGAGAUCGGGGGAGGAACGCGCAUCACUGAAGUUGGAUUCGGCGACGAUCAAGGGAACCAAAAGCUAGAAUUCGACAAUUGGAUUAAAGCAUUGUAUGAGAAAUGCUGCAAGGAUUACUUACCUUUGAGUGGACGGCCACAGGACACUGCUAUUGAAGGUGCGACCUUAGACAAAGUUUACAGAUGGCGGUACUCGGACAAGAGAAGCCUGAGUGAGUGUUUCCAAGAGGAAAUAGGUCCUUCGGAGAAGAUGUUCGAGUUUACGGUAAAAGCAAAGAAAAGCCUGUCUCCGGACGGUGCAUCAGAGAAGUACUAUUUGCUUACUCUAUCUUAUAACGCCGAUCCCAAACGUGACAUGCUACUCUUUCUUCCUGGACAACACAUAGGAAUCUUCCCUAAAAACUUAUCAUCUGUUAAAGAAAAGAUCGUGCGACGUCUUUCUGAUGUUCCUUUCAGCAGUAUCCCGUUAAUAAUCGAAGAAAAGAUAGCGAUCCAUGAGCCUUGGCGACAAUGGAAUCCCAAUUAUUCAGGACUUACCAUAGACGAAUUCUUUGGCAAUGUGGCAGAUCUCAAACAAAUACCAGCUAAUUUACAUGAAACCCUUGAGAAAGACGACAAAAAUGGUGAGAACGGACACAAAACAAGCAGGGAGGAUCAAUUAGAAGAAUUGGACAGCGCUAAGUUCAUCGGGCAAAUACCCACAAUCAAGAGACGACUUUUUAGUAUAGCCUCGUGUCAAAAUGAUAGCCAUACCCUGAACAUUUUGAUUGCCUUGCAUGAAUUCAUGAGUGACGGUAAGAUGGUCAGAGGAUUGACCUCUGAUUUCGUGAGACAAGCACCCCUGGGCGAGAAGAUUCAGGGUUACCUCUCCAAAGGUGACGAGCAGAUGAGGCUGCCACAGGACUCAAGACUCCCUUUGCUUCUUGUGUCAGUUGGAUCUGGCUUUGCUCCCUUCAUGUCGUUUAUCGAUGCCCGGGAACGAGCUGCCCGUACAGGCAUUAAGACAGGACCCAUCUUCAUCUUCCACGGCUGCAGAUACAAAGAACAUGAUUUCCUUAACUCACUGCUGGAGAGUGCUGCUACUGUGCUGAACAUAAAGACCUUCAGAGCCUACUCAAGAUCAGAGCCAGACUGCAAGAAACCCGGUCAAAAUGGGAGAGUAGAGAUAAAAAUAGAGGCUAAGAAAAUGUUCAAGAAGAGUCGUGUCCAAGAUCUCGUAGCAGCCUACUCGAGAACAGAGCCUAACUUCAAGAUGCCCGGUCAAAAUUGGAAAGCAGUGAGAAAAACAGGUCUCACGACAGUGUUAGCAAAGAAGGGUUAUGUCCAGGAUCUCAUAGCAGAGCAAGGAGAGGUUGUAGCUAGAGUGUCUCGGGAUGGUGGUUACAUGUACUCGUGUGGAGGAAGUGAGGCGGUGGGUGGAGUCAGGGGUCAGCUGGAGAAGACUCUACUGGAGCAAGGGUGUGUUUCGCUACAGGAGAUGAUGUGUCGCAAGCGGUACCAGGAGGAGAAAUUCGGUUGAACAUUUUACAAACUUGUAACAGUUUUGUUAAGAUAAAGUAUUGUUCGCUAGAACUGAUGCAAAUGUAUGGAGGCCAUGCGUGUAUAAUAACAGUUCAUUACACGUAAAGCUACGCCUUUGCAUGCGCAUGAAAAUUAACUUGACAUACGUUACUGAUUAUGAAAAGGUGUUUUACAAAAACUAAUAACCAAAAUUAUUGAAAAAUCUUUUGUAAUUACCGCAUCAAUAUCUAGAUAUGCUAAUUCUGAGAAUAAAAACAGCUAACUGAACUAUUUAUUUUCUAUCGAUAAAUUAAAAUCCAAUAUGAAAAUUUAACAUUGCUUUGAAAUAUAAGAUUGUUUAAUCUAUAUUGUUCAAUAUAUAACAUUUUA